CUUAUAUAUUUAUAUUAAAAUAUUUAGUGUUAUAGUAUAGAGUUAUACUUUUAGGCACAAUUUCAGCAUUUUAUGGCGCAACAUUAGGCACCAUGUAUUCGGAAUUUUCUCAAGCUUUAAGUCGUUAUACUCACAACUUACUGGCAUGGAAUACAUUAAGCGAAUCUCUACAAAAUACCUUGCUUCAACAUUUGGGAGUAAGUCCUUGGUCUACAGAAAGCAAUAGCUCUACCACAUGGCCUCUUCAAGUGUAUCCACGAACUCUCAGCGUAUUAGCACAGGUAUUGCUGUUAAAACCUCAAUUAGAAAGAGAAGCUGCGUGUAUAAGCAUAUGGCAUCGAUUAGUAACAACUAUGGUUGAGAAUGUAUGCAAUCCUCAAACAACAUAUGAAGCUGAAAAUGAAGAUUUAAAUGUUGAACAUGCUCAAUUGGUUCUUUUCCUAUUUCAUUCUCUGAACUUAAUGCAAAAGAAAUCUGUAUUACUUGUAACUGGAAGUGGUGCAGUACGUUGCAGUGAAGCAAUAAAAACACCGAUGAAAGAUUCUCAAUUGUUACACUUAUCUCGAUUAUUAUUAUUACUUGAAUAUAUGAUGAAGCAUCUAUAUGAUGCACAUCCAGUAUUGCUUGAACAA